CCUUGCCUCUGGCAAAUCGAAGUUGUACACAUAAUCUUGAGAGGUGACAAGGAUGUCAUUUCGAUUGCUGCGACUGGUUCUGGCAAGACACUAACUUUCUGGAUGCCUUUGCUAUUCAGACCACAGGACAUACAGAUCAUUGUCACUCCGUUAAACCUUCUCAGAACUCAGAAUGUAAACAACCUUGCU